CCUCUUCCUCCUCCUUUCAGCGGAUGAGCAGCAGCGGAGGCUCUCAGAGCGGAGAAAGCGCUGCAGCUGCAGGAGGAGAACUCAGUGUAACCAGCCGUCGUUCUUCCUCCUCCUCCUCUUCUUCCUCCUGAAGAACACACUCACUCUGGAGUUCAGGACCGAAGCUGAAACUUGUGGGUCCGGAGGACGAACUUUCGGCUCGGCAUGGCGUCUCUGCUGAACUCCGCCUGCCUCAUCUUCUUGCCUGUUGCUCUGCUUCUCAUGUUGAGUCCGUGUCCAGUUGCUGCUGCCUCAACCAGAAGGUGUCACUCCAUCUACAAAGGCUUUGCUCGCUGUCUGAUGGCUCUGGGCGACAGUUUGACAGAAAACGCCCGCAAGGAGGAGGAAACCCACGAGAUCCACUCCAUCUGCAGGUCUUGGGAUGAGUUUCAUGACUGCGCUAACGUGGCGAUGGCUGGCUGUCCGGAGGAAGCAGCGGCCGUUUGGGAGUCUCUUCGCCAGGAAUCCAAGAAGAUGCAGUUCUCUGGGAACCUUUACGACAUGUGCUCCAACCGGAACAGCCACCCGGCAGACUCCAUCUCCCCCCACGGCUCCCUGAGCCAGGAGGAGAUCAACCAGGAGUCUCUAAGAGGACGCGCAGAUCAUCCGGCAGGCUGCCUCCGUCCUCUGCUGCUACUGGCUCCUCUCCUACUGCUGCUCCUUUGGAUAUAGCUACCCUGAAGAAAUGUGACUAGUGUAAAUAGAUAAAACUUUGUCUAAUAUUCUCUUUCCCCAAGUCCAUAGACUUUCCUCUGCUUCUUCCUCUGCUCUGCCAGGGGUUGCAUAUUUCUAAUUGCAUGCUGAGACGGCCUCACAGUCCUUUUGAUAACACAUUUCUGAACUUCGGUUCCGUUUCAUGAAUAUUCUCUGCCGCUUAAUGAGUGUUUCUGUUGGAAAUAUGCUCUGUACUUCUGCAAACACAGUUUUAGAGACGCACAGUGGAGCCACGUGUUUGUCUUUACGCGCUCACACUUUCGAAAUGCAGUCAUAGGUUUGCAUGUGAUGAUUCCAGGAAGGCUUCAGGUUCCUAACUGUGAUAACAGAAAAAGUAACGACAAAGUCACAAGCAAUACUGUUAGGAUUUAUGAUGCAUUCACUUGCUUAUUGAGAUUUUAGGCGAAAUUUGUGUUUCUGUCUUUAAAAGUUUAUUUUCUAAGCUCCAAACACUGAUUGCAUUGAAGAUUGCUGUUUUUCACCAAAGUUUAAAACAAAUAACAAACAAAUGAGAGCAAAUAUGUGUGUCCAACCACAGUUUAAAUAAAAAGUUGGUUAUUUGAAAUAAACAACUGGUGGCACGAACUUUCUGAUUGGGGAACAGGAAACGAUUUCUGCACAAACUUACAAAAAUAAUUUAAAAAAUGUACAUUUUGAAGGGCAGAAGGUAAAAGUUCUGGCUCAAAAUCUACUCAACUUUUACAAUUGUCUUCAUUGUGUGAUUGAUUUAACAGCAACUUCUCAAGCUGAGCAUGCAUGUGGCGACAGUGGAGUGAAAAACUCCACAGGAUGAAACCUCCAGCAGAACCAGAACCUGGGUCAGUAAGAGCAACUAUCAGAAAGAAAUAACAGCGAAUAAAGCAAAGUGGAGAAUAGCAGAAAAGAAAAGUUAAGAUCUGAGAGUUUGUUGUAAUUUGUUGUUAUUUUUUAUUAUAAAAAAGCUGGCAUGAUAGAAUUUUCUUUAUUUUUGACUGAAUUAAAAAAAGAUCUUACAAGUUUUCAUUCAAGUUUAGGAUUUGGAGUAAAAAGUUCAAAUAAAUCUUUGUCAUUGAGGGAUUUGAACAUUUGAGUCUACAGAGAAACCAUUUAUCUUUUAAAGAAGGAGCUAAAGCAGGGAGUCGUCUGCAAAGCAAUACAAAGAAACUCCAUGUUUCCUGAAAAUAAAGUGAAGCAGGACAAGAAGGAGGCAUAAAACUCAACACUGGGAUGAGAAUCAACAGAGGAUAUAAAGAUUCCACUCAGUCUGAUGCUUUCAAGCUUUUCUUUCUGUUAAUUACUAUGAUUUUAUUUUUACAGCAGGACCUUUUGGUCAAAAGGUGUGGAUACAGAACCAGUGGAUUCCUGCCUGUAUCUAAAUUAGAAUGAAAUAUAACUAAACAAAAGGUAUUUAGUGUUUAAGCUCCUAAAACAGGCAGUUGCAAUCAUUUCUAAAAGUGUCUCUUAUGUUUUUGUCAAUUAUUUGUUUUUGGUUUAAGCUGUAGUAUGUAACUUUUAUAUUUAUAAAAAAGGUUUAUUACAUAUUUGCUAAACCUGUCACUUUGUCCUGACAACAUGGCAUCAUGGGUAAUCUGUGGAAAGAUUGAUCUGCUCCUCCCUGAGCUGCUACUGUUCUCUGAAGAAAUGCACCAAACACAACCAAUCGGAGUCAGGAGGCGGGGCUUAGCGCUGCCUAUCAAUGCUGCUCAAUGUGUUAAUUGUGAAAAACAACUUAUCAUAACAGGAAAACCGUUUAGCCACUGUCAUCAAUUUAGCAUGAGAGUGAUUGACAGCGCUAAAACCCGCCUCCUGGCUCUGAUUGGUUGUUUCUGUCUAAGUGGUGUGUUCUGCAGUUUGUACUGGGAGAACUGGGAAAAGGCGGAGGAGCUCAAUUUUUUUCACAGAUUAUCUGUGUUAUAUACUGUCACGACCUAAUGAUAGUUUUAACAAAUAUGUAAAAAACAAUUUUUAAAAAAUAAAAUUUGCAUUCUCCAACUUUAACUACAGAAAGUCCAUUGUAAUGUUUUUAAAACAUAGAUAUGAAGACAAAAUCUGAUUUUUGCCGUUUUUAUGGAGUUAAUUGCAUAAAAUUUCCACAACAGUAUCACUAAGCAGCAUAAUAUAGAUAUACUUUUAGAUUGUUUUCCAUAAAUAUAAUUAUCCCAUGUGAGA